UUGCUGGGACACCUUUGUCCCUGUCAACAAUGGUCUUGGGGCCUUGGUGAUCAGAGCCUCUGGGAGCCCAGGGGCAGACAUGGAAAACCUGAGACGGGAGGCUGCACAGCUCGCUGUUCCCCCCGGCACCCUAGAGCGCUACUUCCCCACCCUUCAAUACAGCAAUGACUACCUGUCCCUGGAGGGGCCCCGUUGGGCCCCAGCUAUCAAGCAAGCCAUGCGCUGGAAGUUCACGCCCAUGGGACAGGACGCAGCCGGCCAGGUGUGGUUGACGGGCUUGACCAACUCCGUGCCGCGCGAGGCCUGGUACAUGCUGCCCUGCGCACUCGACAGCCCAUAUCGCGAGGCCCACGCACGCUGGCACGGCUGCUUCGAACGUCGCCAGCGCGGCCUGCCACCAGCCUACACACAGCACCUACGGGAAACGGCCUUCUGGGACCCCGCGCUGCCCGCGCAGUACCUCAGCCCGGGCACUCGCUGGGGGUGCGUGCCGUGGAGGGACAGGCAAAUCCGUGGCAAGGAAUUCGUGGUCAACAGGAGCCAGUUCGGGGCGGAGCUGCCCCGGCAAUCUGAUUACGUCCCGCACCUGUCGCCGCCGCAGCGGCCGCGCUACACCGCACAGGACUUCAAGCACCGCGGCCUGGAUCGCCCCUGCCCAGCCACCGGCCAGCGGCCCCCGGCCUUCACGCCCGCGCUCUGA